UCUGUGUCCGUCAAAUUCAGGCAGAACUCACAAGAUGAGGAGCGAGGGAGGACGGGUUAUUCAAAAAUAGGACAAAUAUUACAUCUGCAAAGACCCACUAGUUAAGAGGUGAGAGAUUAAUUCAGUUAACUGAGCACAGGGUUACAGGCACCAUGGUUAUGCUGGACUUCACAACACUGGCGGCGCCCGUGGGCAUUGUGCGGAUAUUCGAGGUGAUCCUGACCUGCAUCUCCUUCAGCCUGGUGGCGUCGCUAGGCCACAACACAGACUCCUUCUGGACGUGGUGCAUGUUCACCUGGUGCUUCUGCUUCUGUGUCACCAUCCUCAUAAUCUUCCUGGAGUUCUUCACCCUCAGCGCAAAGCUGCCCAUCUCCUGGGACGACUUCACCACUGCUUUUGCCAUGUUGGCUACUCUAAUGGUGCUGGCAGCUUCCAUCAUCUACCCCUCGUUCUUCACUUGCCCGACCUGCGGUAAACAAAUUGGCGCCACAGUCACUUCCUGUCUGGCCUUCAUCUUGUACGCCAUCGAGGUCGGGUUGACCCGGGCCAAACCCGGCGAGAUCAGCGGAUUUCUAUCCACGGUGCCGGGCCUCCUCAAGGUUCUUGAGGCCUUUGUGGCCUGCAUCAUCUUCAUCUGCUUGGACUACAACCAGUUCUCCAGGUUUCCUGGACUCCAGUGGUGCGUUGCCGUGUACUCCAUCUGCUUUAUUUUUGCCAUCCUCAUCAUCGUGUUCACCAUCUGCCGCCUCCUGACGCUCUUCCCUGCGCCGUUUGACAAAGUUCUGACAGCCUGCAAUGUGUUAGCGGUGUUGAUGUACAUGACGGCUGUGGUAAUCUGGCCGCUGUACAGCUUCAAGAACAACCCCAGACCCAUUUCCUGCUCCAAAAAUAGAUUGUGUACAUGGAAUAAUUUAGUGGUCAUCUCUUUCAUGACCUGUGUCAACCUCAUUGCUUACAUCGUGGAUACGGUUUAUUCCUUUAGACUUGUGUUCUUCGUCAGAAGAACAUAGAUGGCUGAUAUUCCUCAUUUACAAAUGUUCUCCAUUUUAAUUGUUUACAAACUUCAAUCUCAAACAUAGAAUGUUCAUAGAAACAUAGAAUUUUUGUAUGACAUAUUUAAUUUCACCCUCAGCAGGAGAUAAUGUAACUAAUCUCUUUUCAUCAAAUUAUGAUAAUUAUCUUUACUAAUUAAUCUUCCCAUUUUGCUACAGAAUUGAUACUUUCUCAUUGUGUGUUCUUUUCAACUGAAUCAUUUGAAAUAUGAAUAAAAUAUUUACAGAAGUGUGAGGCAAUUGUUAAAUGGAUGAAUAACCUGUUUAAUAUUUAUUCUGCUCCCUCUCAAAGCAUGUUUGUAUGGGUGUGUGAUGCUUUUCAUGCUCGGACCCACACAGCAGCACAGGUUUCUAUCUCCACUCCCAGUUUCCCAUAAUGGAUAACAAGAGAGUGAAAGGGAGGGAGAGAGACACACCUUCCACUGCAAACUCUCAUUGAAAAAAUGUUCACACAGAGCUGUAACGAUUGACUGUAAAUA